UGUGGGAUCAGUUCCUCCGAAUAGGUCAUAAUGAAUUACAUGAAAUCAUUAUUGGUGCUUUGUUUAGUGGGGUGUUGCCUGGCUGCUCCUAAACCCAUCGAUUGGGAUAGCUUUGGUAGAAAAGUUAAAGAUUUCGGCCAUAAAGUACACGAUAAGCUCCACGAAGUUAAAGAGAAAAUCCUCCCCGCCGCAAAAUCAACAUGCGAAUUCGUCAAUUCGAUCUCACCCGAUACUCAGCAAGAUAACUUCGGUGGUUACUACCCGCAGCAACGCAGAAGUUUCCCCGAUAUUCACAGUUUCAAAAAUCAGUAUCAUAAUACUCAUUUUGGCGGAUUUCCUCAAUUUCCCAGUGACUUCCACAAGCCUCAUUUUCAUCAUGGAUUCGACCAACACUCGAAUUUCCCUAAAUUUCACCCAUUCCAUAAAUUCUUCCCGAACCACCACUUUCCCACUUCUCACCCAUUCCCCUCAAUACCAAGUUACACCCCAUCACCACCUAUUGCGGAACAUCCAACAGGAGACGUUAACACCAUGGCACCCCCACCAAAUCCCCCAAUGGGUGGUUUCGAUCUCGUGAAACCUGGCACAACGACAACAAAAGUGGAUUUCAACGAAUUCUUCACCGUUCCACCGUCACCAUCCAGUUCCGAAGCCGGAGAUGCUGUCGCUCAUCCAACCUCACCCGUUUUCACCAGCUCAGUAACGUCGGAAUCUACUAUAAAUUUCGAUUUACCGGCGGACUCAGACGAGCAAGGUGGUUCGAACGACGAUGAAACGCCUCUGUUUCCGGAUAACAGCGGCGAACAAGGGGAUUCACAGGAGGAUCCAGAUUUUCCGUUUCUUAAUAACAACGAUAACACUGGCGGUUUCGAUAACGCAGCUCCUCCGGUUAGUGAAAAUACCAUUGAGGAAGGUGGUGCUGAUAACGAUAAUGUAUUUCCCCAAUUUAAUAAUGGGGAAAAAUUGGACAAUGGUGGACAGCUUCCUGAUGAAACUAUUGAACAGGCUGAUAUGAACGUUGAUGAUGAUAUUCCACCAUUCAUUGCUCCCAAAGAUGAAAAUGGAGUUGAAAAUAACGACGGAUUCGUCCCUCAAAAUUUCUUCAAUAAUUUCGAAGUAGUAGAUCAGAGACCAGUGUUGCCUAUUAACUCCAGAGCACGCGGUCAUUAUUAUUAAUUACCCAUAAUGUUCGUUAAUUUACUGAGUGGGUAAAUAUUUUAAUUGUUAAAAUAUACAGAAAUGUAAGUAAUUGUGUCUCCUUACCAUGUACGACUAGAUUUAAUAAAAUUUAACGUAGGUACACAACCUACUUAUUUUUCAAUUUCUUUUGUAAUUAAAUCGAAGUAGAA